ACGUUUUGUACGAGACAUUCCUUUCAAUUCUUAUAGAAAAGGCUCUCUGGAGUUAUUACGAAGAUUUCAAUUCGACUGCUACUUCUCUGUAUAUUCUAAGCACACCUGGGUUUUCAUCAUGUCGGCCGAAUCUGGUCCUCUGUACCUUGGCUUUGACCUUUCCACGCAACAGCUCAAAGGCAUUGUCGUUUCGUCCUCAUUGAAAAAGGCGUACGAAGCGCAGGUCGGUUUCGACGCCGACUUUCCCAAAUAUGGCAUCUCCAAGGGAGUUCUAAGCAAUGAUGCGGCACGAGAAGUAUUUGCCCCUGUGGCAAUGUGGCUUGAAGCGCUCGAUUUGGUGCUAGAACGCCUGAAGGGCCAAGGGCUGGAUUUUAGCCGUGUCAAGGGUAUCAGUGGCGCUGGUCAGCAACAUGGAAGUGUAUACUGGAGCGCCCACGCGGAGAAAUUGCUUGCAGGGCUGAACAAAGACAAAAAUCUGGCAGAACAAUUAGCACCUCAGGCGUUCUCGCACCCUAACAGCCCUAAUUGGCAGGACGCCAGCACUCAAAAGGAAUGCGACGCGUUCGAUGAGCUCCUGGGAACUCCAGAGAAGCUUGCUGAUCUGACUGGAAGCAAGGCUCACCAUCGUUUCACCGGCCCCCAAAUUUUCCGAUUCAACAAUCACUACCCCGACGCGUACAGGGCUACUGCUCGAAUCUCACUAGUAUCGUCAUUCCUUGCUUCUCUCUUCCUCGGAAAGGUUGCUCCCUUCGACAUCAGCGAUGUCACUGGCAUGAACCUAUGGAACAUCAAGGCGGGUGCUUGGAAUGAGGAUCUGCUGGCCUUGACGGCCGGCAAAGAUGGGGCUGAGGAACUGAAAAAGAAGCUCGGAGAUGUGCCAGAAGAUGGUGGAGGAAGCUGGGGACCUGUGCACAAAUACUUCGUGGAGCGCUACGGCUUUAAUCCUGCCUGCGUUGUGACGCCUUUCACUGGCGAUAACCCGUCGACUAUCCUGGCCCUGCCCUUGCGGGCCAACGAUGCUAUGGUGAGCUUGGGAACUAGCACCACCUUUCUGAUGAGUACACCCAAGUAUAAGCCUGACCCUGCUUAUCACUUUAUGAAUCACCCAACCACGCCUGGCCUUUACAUGUUCAUGCUGUGCUACAAGAAUGGUGGUCUAGCACGGGAAAAGGUGCGAAACGCAAUUAACGAGAAGCAUGAUCCUCGGGGUGCUUCUACAGGCUCUUGGGAAAAGUAUGAUCACAUUGCCGCAGAGACCCCGGCCUUGGGACAAAAGGGGCCAAAUGAUGCAAUGAAGAUGGGUCUUUACUUCCCUAGACCGGAGAUUGUGCCUAACGUGGCUGCGGGUGAAUGGCACUUCAACUAUGAUCUUCAGAGCAAGAAGCUUGAGGAGAGCGAGAGCGGAUGGAAUCACCCUGACGAUGACGCUCGGGCAAUUAUCGAAAGCCAGAUGCUUUCGUUGCGACUCCGUUCCGAGGGUCUGGUAGAAGCCGCCGGCGAUCUUCCGCCGCAGCCUCGUCGAGUGUAUCUCGUUGGCGGCGGCUCCAAGAACCCGACACUCGCGAAGAUUGCUGGCGAGAUUCUUGGAGGUGCUGAGGGAAUCUAUCGUCUUGAUGUUGGUGAUAAUGCCUGUGCACUUGGCAGCGCCUACAAGGCCGUUUGGGCAGUUGAACGUAAUCCAGGACAAACCUUUGAACAACUCAUUGGGUCACGAUGGGAUGAGGCAAAAUUCGUGAAGAAGAUUGCCGACGGCUAUCGUAAGGAGCUGUUUGAACUUUACGGCCACGCCGUCAAGGGCUUCGACCAGGUGGAGAAGCGAGUUUUGGAGCAGCAAAAGGCGUGAGGUGAUUUGUCUGGGCUGCAAGGUAUCUCAUAAUACCCGUUCAGCGGUAAUCUAGAGAAGGUUGGGAUCAUUGGGACGUAAAUAAUAGCUUUUUGUUUCUUGUACUUCUUUCUUCUUCUUUUUUUUUUU